ACCUAAUUUCCCAAGAAACAAACGGAUUGGUUCUCCAACGGCUCUCAUUUUCCUUUUUCCUGCUCUCUGGUCAGCCAAACAGAGAAAAAUCAGAACUUAUGGCUCCCGAACCCGACUCAAACCCCAUAAAAGAGUACGAAGAUGAUGAUAACGUGGCACCAUCACAUCACCCCUCUGCUCCGUCGGAUGAGUUGUUUAAUAUCUCCACGACAGUUGAUCCCAGUUAUAUAAUCUCUUUGAUACGGAAACUAUUACCACGGGAUGUGAAGAAUGGUCAUGAUUCUGAUGGAGUUGAUGCUUGUAAUGCCUCUAAUCAAGGAUUAAAAACCAAUCACAUGAAGGAAAGUGUGGUUUCUCCAUGUGAAGAUGAAAUGCUAAACUCCUCACACGAUAAAAUUGAGACCAUGGACACCCUUGAUGGUUUUGAUGAACUUGCUCGUCAAGAAAAGACAGGUGAAGUGCCAUGUAGUAGAUUUGAGGACUCUAGCAUAUCAGUGAGAGAAAAGGCUUGGGAAGAGUAUGGUUGCAUUUUGUGGGAUCUUGCAGCAAGCAGAAUCCAUGCAGAAUUCAUGGUGCGGAAUCUCAUGCUUGAAGUGCUUUUGGGAAGUCUUAUUGUUUCUCAAUCCAUGCGUGUUACGGAGAUAAGCCUUGGAAUUCUUGGAAACCUUGCCUGCCAUGAAAUUCCUAUGAAACAAAUUGCCUCUACAGACAAAUUGAUUGAGAUAGUUGUAGAUCAGUUGUUUUUAGACGACACUUCAUGCCUAUGUGAAGCUUGCAGGUUGUUAACCCUGGGUCUUCAAGGCAGUGAAUGUGUUAUUUGGGCUAAAGCUUUGCAGUCUGAACAUAAUCUAUGCCGUGUUAUUUGGGUUGCAGAAAAUACCUUGAACCCACAACUUCUUGAGAAGAGCAUUGGACUUUUAUUGGCCAUUUUAGAAAGUCAACAGGAGGUUGUGUCUAUUCUUCUUCCAACUCUGAUGAAUCUGGGUUUAUCAAGUCUUUUGAUUAAUCUCUUGACUUUUGAGAUGAGCAAAUUAGCAAGUGAGAGAAUACCUGAAAGGUAUUCCAUUCUUGACUUAAUUCUUCGCACAAUUGAAGCUCUUUCAGUUCUUGAUGAUCAUUCACAAGAUAUCUGUUCAAAUAAGGAAGUUUUUCGCCUAGUUUCCGAUCUGGUUAGGCUUCCUGAUAAAGUUGAGGUUGCCAAUUCUUGUAUUACUGCUGCAGUCUUAAUUGCAAAUAUUCUGAUUGAUGCAGCUGAUCUAGCUUCUGAGAUAUCACAAGAUUUGCCUUUCUUAGAGGGGCUGCUUGAUAUAUUCCCUUUUGCAUCGGAUGAUCCGGAAGCUAGGAGUGCACUUUGGAGCAUUAUGGCAAGGCUACUGGUUCAAGUUGAAGAAAGUGAGAUAAGCUCAUCAAGUCUGCAGCAGUAUGUAUCGGUUCUAGUAAGCAAAUCAGAUCUGAUUGAAGAUGAUCUUCUUGACCACCAAUUGCAUGAUUCUAAUGAAAACAACGUGAGCUCAAUCACUUCUGCUGCAAAACAAAAUGCUAGAACCACAGCUCUUAGAGGGAUUUUCAAUAUAUUGAAUCAGUGGACUACCUCAAAGGAUUGUGAUAUGAAGAACAAUUUGAUGGGGGCAGAUCAUGAUAAUGGUGAGAAUGUGGAAAGGUUAUUGAAUUGCUGUCGGAAAUAUACUGAGUUCCUGUGAAAUGAAACAAAAAAUUUGGUUUGAUCCUAUCUGAAGGGAAGCAGUGAUCUAGGAGCUCAAAUCUGGAAACAGAUGGUUCAUGCAUGUAUUGAAGGUGGAUCGUCAUAUCUUGGUAAAUUUAAAGAUUCUGAAUCCAUAAAUGCACACACAUAUGUUGUUUAUUGAUUCAGCCACUUUAUAUCAAUUCCUACAAAUUGAAACCUGAUUUUAUAUCCUGCCAUUCUUUAUUUAUAUUAGAAGAAACCUACGAGGUGUUGGGUAGACACACACUGGGCAUGCAUGAUCGGCAGCUAUUGCACCUAUUGCUAAAUUUUCAAUAUAACAAAUUAACUUGUUUUGACUUGAUCGAUAAAAUUCUAUUAAUCUCCCUUUACAGAUCUAAUUCAGGAUCACUUUUCAUGGAUUGAUAAAUCUUCAAACGUGUCUACACCUGCAUCAUCUUUGGCAUUGUCAUCAUGCAUGGCUUCUUUGAUCCGGAUACCCUAUAAGAAUUUCUUCAGGGUUGGGACUUUGCUUACCCAAAUCUGCAUGAAGUACGUCUCUAAAUUGCUUGCAGGAAUGUCCGUUUGAGAUGAUGCAUUGCAAGAAAUAAUUCUCAGUAUCAGUUUCAUGCUUUGUUCUGUAGCCCCACAAUCUGUUGCUGGGCGGUCCAGAAGUCGACCCAUGAUUUUCCUGAGGGAAACCUGUAAAAAUCUCAAGAGUAUGAAAACAGAACUGUUAAAGUUCAGAGGGAUUGGUUUUUUGAUGUUGGUCAUUCACUACAAGAAUGAUAAUCUAACUAAUGGUCUUGUUGUAGUGCUGGUAACAUAUGGGUGGGACAUGUGAUACAUUUUUAUGUAUGUAAUAUAAGAACUGGAGGUGUUUUUUUCCCUCAUAAUCUGCAUCCACCUUGUAUGGCUUCAUUCA